CCCCAUUAUUUAUAUUUCGAGGGCAGCCUCGUAAUGUGGUGUCAGGUCAAUUUGAAUAGACUCAAAUAUUCGCGGCCCUGUGCGGAGACCUGGUUUCUAGACGUUUCCUUGACGAUUGAGCGGACCACGAGGUGAAAAGUCAAUGAGCAAGUCGAGCCGUGGGAAGUUUCUUGUUUCUGUACAGAGUGUAAAUCAACUAGGGCCUGUAACUUGACCUGUCUGACACGAUGGCAUGCUUGCCACCGUCAGGUAGGGUCUGACUCAGGUCUAUAAAUUAACAACGUGGACAGUGAUUGCACUCCAGGGUCCUCCAAGAAUCACAAAAGAACCACGCACAACGAGAAACUGGAGAGUCGAAGUCUUUUAUUUUUGAUCAUAACUCGCCGCUCUCCUCGCUAACUAUUAUGGUCCACGAGCGCUUUGGAAUUUACGAGUCGAAUUCAUAGCACUUGCAAAGUGGCUGGCUUGAAGGCUGGCGGGACUGAUCAUUGUACGCGAUGUGCCUUCUUGUCCCCAACACCCGAUUUCCUCAUGACGUGGGUAAAACCACAAUGUUUACCUAUGCAAAAGACUGGGGUCCCAUGAACAACUUCGAGCACCCAAGUUCAUACAAUCCACGCAGUUUUACACGUUUCCAACGGGCCGGCACGCACCCCAAGGCACUGCUUUAUUCUGAAUGUACCUCGCCAAUGACUCAAUCACAAGGGCGACUGAGUGAUCUCAAAUGAAAUUAUCCGACGUUUUGAAGAUUUCACCCAUAAACCGGGCGGUUAUAAAUCUGUUAUCUGCGAUUUUUACCCUGCAGUUCCACCCCUCUGGUCAUUCGAGCAGCGAUAAUGUUGGCGUACUUUCUCGUCUAUGCGGCACUGCUGUUACCCCCAGUGUGGGCUGCCUUCGGCUUGACGGAAUCCGGAAACUCGUACGUAGUCGACACUGACGGUGGUCUCGUCUUCACCGUGGACAAAACUUCUGGAGACGUCACCUCGAUGAAGUACAACGGCAAAGAAGCUCAAGAUUCAAGUAAGCACAGUCAGAUUUCGUCUGGGAUUGGAGCGACGUGCGGUUGGGUACGUACGGGGAACUCGAAUAAUUAUAUCAAGAUUACUUGCACGACCUCGACCCUCACUCACUACUACGUCGCGAAAUACAAGGACCCUUCUAUUCACAUGGCAACAUAUACUACUGCUGAGCCUUCAGUCGGAGAACUGAGGUAUAUCGCCCGUCUCGCCAGGUCUACCGUUCCAAAUGGCUAUGCAGCCUCGAAUGUGGAUGGCGGUAGCGCAAUCGAGGGCUCCGACGUAUUCCUCGUUAAUGGCCAGACACGUUCCAAGUUCUACUCUUCCCGGCAGUUCAUCGACGAUCAGGUACAUGGUGUCACCGGAAGUGCUAUCGGAAUAUAUAUGGUCAUUUACGGAAAUGGCUACGAAGCCAGCUCUGGUGGACCUUUCUUCCGAGAUAUCAAUAAUCAAGGAGGCUCUGUUCAGGAACUCUACUUCUGUGAGUGCAUUGCUACAUUUUCUUGCGAACAUACGUCUGAUGGAAUAUUCGUUCGAAUAGACAUGAACUCUGGCCAUACACAAACCGAAGGCUGGAGGACGGGUCUCCACGGGCCAUACGCCCUCGUGUUCACAUCCGGUGCUGCACCAUCUGCUAACAUCGACCCGCUCUUCUGGGAAGGCUUGGGUGUCCAAGGUUACGUUGGGAAUUCCGGUAGAGGUCGCGUCAGCGGCAAAGCCAGUGGUUUCCCAUCCCAGUUUGCGUCUCUCAUCUCUGUUGGGUUUAGUAACUCCCAAAAUCAAUAUUGGGUCAGAACGGACACUAGUGGAAACUUUGUCACUCCGUAUAUGAAGCCUGGAACAUACACGAUGACCCUCUACAAAGUCGAGUUGGCUAUCGGCAGUCAAUCCGCCACGGUCUCUGCGGGUGGCACGACGAGCGCGAACAUUGCUUCUUCCGAAGCUAACCCAGCGGUUAUUUGGCAAAUUGGUGACUUUGAUGGAACUCCCCGGGGAUUCUUGAAUGCAGAUAAAAUCGAAACGAUGCACCCUAGUGAUUCCCGGAUGGCGAGCUGGGGUGGAAAGACUUUCACCGUCGGCAACAACGUCAACACGUUCCCAAUGGCGAUUUUCAAGGACAUCGGAGGUGUUACGAUCAAGUUCACGCUCACGUCCUCUCAACUUGGAGCUCGAACUCUACAAAUCGGAACAACCCUCGCCUUCGCAGGCGGACGUCCAGUCGUAGUGGUUAACAGCUGGACUAGUGCUAUCCCGGCAAUUCCAAGUCAGCCUGAUUCUCGAGGUGUCACUCGUGGAACUUGGCGAGGAAAUAACAUAAUGUACACUUACAAUAUUCCGGCGGGAACACUCAUUGCUGGUACAAACACAAUCAGCAUUACGGUCGCCUCUGGUUCCAGUGGUGCUCAAUUCCUUUCGCCAAACAUAGUGUUCGACGCGUUGCGUUUGUACUGA